GCACAGCGAGUCAGCUGCUGUGCUAUCUGCUGUCAUCAUGAGUGCUGGCAGCCAUGGCCGCUACUUAUGGCAUCAUCCACGUAGCAACGCUGUCCUUCUCGUCACUGCUCAGCCGAUGCCAAUCGACUCGCAUGAGAUGAUGACAUGGGGGCGUGAAGGCGGCGGUGUGGGAGCUGCUCCGCCUCGAUUGGGUCGAGCUGACGGGCGACGGUGCGUCGCUGAUGGGCACGUCUACAUCACCGCAUGGCGUCUCCACCAAGGUGGGCGCGAGGCUCACCAGGAGCUCCGGGAUGGCACCCUGCAGGCAGAAUAUGCCACACUCACAGACACAUCCGGGCAUACUAUCUCUCUGACUGACCGGUGGGCUGCCGUUCUCGAUGAGUGCUCGUUUGGCCUUGCGGAACGCCUCAUAGAGCCCCCGCCAGCCGCCGGCGCCUUGCUGGUGUGUCGAUGCCUCACUGUCGACCUUUUCCAGGUCACAGCCGUCGGCCCUCCUCCUUAGUUCCGUCUGGUGCAUCUGCUCUCUGCUGACGAGUUCGUCCACCACAUAAUACACGUUGGCCUGAAGGUCGUAUAACGUGAUGCCCGGCGACGUCACCGAGGCAACAGCACUAACAACACACAGAGAGGGGACAUGAGAGAGCAGUCUCAGUGGCCAUUCAUGUGUGUGGUUCGGACCUGUCUGCCGGCUGUGUCUCGAUGACCGACGGGCCACCUGGUCUAUCAGAGGAUGCCUUGUCGGCCUCAAAAGCCGAAAGCUGACAUUUCUCAGAGCAUUGGAAGCGGAAUGCGUGGGAGAGGUCGCGAGUCCGCAUGUGCCGCAAACCCUGGAAACACACGCAGGUCGAUCAUACACACGAGGGGUCCUCUGUCCUUUGACUCACGGUGACUGUGCGGUCGUCGGGUCUCGGCAGGUGAACGACCACGUGGUCUUGUCGUCGGCUUCGCGCCUUCACAGGCUUCUGCCGCAGGCUCUGCGCCAGGAACGCAUGGCUCCACAGAAACUCAUGGCUGAACCAGCCAUCAAACACACACAUACAUACACAACAGAGAGAGCCGGAAGCAUCGGCGAGAAGCUCAUUACCCAUGUGCUUACAAGUCGCUGGGAACAUGAGUGACUUUUAAGUGUUUCGAUAGCCUCCUGCACGGCAGCUGACGUCAGCUGCAUGGCCACCGACACACGAUGCACCGGUCGCCCGACAGACGGAUGGCACCCCACUGAUGCAGCGGGGGGGUCGUCAGCAGAGAGGGCCGCGCUGGACCAGUCAUAGAAGACCUUGGGUGCGAUCCGCCGUCUUUUCUUUCUUUUCUUCUCUCUGUGGAUAAGCCACGACACCGCACGGUCUGGACAGAAACGAAAGGACACAACACACCAUGGAAGCGAGAAUGGCCUGCUGUUGCCUACCAAAAGCCUUAUUGCGGUCGGUGACUGCCAUGUAUCUGUAGCCCACUUGCAGCAGGCCAUAUCGGCAAAUCUGCAUGGUCAGCAUGAUAUAGUGCACAAGAUUGGUCACUAUGACAACCAGCACGAGGCCGAGUGUCAGCACCGAAGAGGUCCCCUCGGGCAGCAUGACCACAAAGUGCAUGACGAACAGCGACACGAGCCAGACCAGCAGCCCACGCAUCUCAGACCGAUUGAGGAUGUCCAUGCUGCCUCGAUCGAAGGGCCACACGCUGAGUUGCAGCGCUAGACACACAGCGGCGACCACAGUCCAGCCCAGCAGCUGCUGGCGAGGCUGCGCCGUCGCUUGCUGUGCGAUCAGCAGCACCAAUACACGCCUCAUGGCCAGCACAAAAUCCCAAUAGAACAGGUUCUUCCGAUAGCCAACAUAGAGAAAUCCAACCCUUCUACGCAUGUGGUGGUCCUGCAGGCGCUCUCUAUGCUGCCACAGAAACGCCACCCCACACAGCACGGGGGCGAACGUCCACAUCAGCAGACCAGCCACGGCAAUCCACAGGAAUGGGGCAUGCUCGGCCGAUCGGCAGAUGACACGUGAGUCGAGGUCCAUCCUAGGGCGCAUGUCAUCCAUCGGGUCAGUCGGCAGCAAACUGACACUCUCGCCCGGCGGGAUAGAUAUGACAUCGUCCACAUAGGGAUACCAUCGACAGCGCAACAGAGCCAGCAUGUUCCUGGUCACGGUGGGAUGGACAAAUGUGAGGACGACGACCAUCAUGGCGCCCCGGUUGUCGAGCCACUGCCACCAGCGACCGCUCUUGCGGGGCCCCGCUAGGGAAAGCUGACUCGAUGGCUCGAUUCGUGAGUCCUCUUGGAAGGUGACCGAUCGCUGGUGAGGGACGUGUGCAGCAGCCGUGUCUGCGUUGCCAUUGGUCACAGAUGGGGGCGCUGAGAGAGCUCGGAGGUAGGCGUUGGUGGAGAAUGAGGUCGAUUCGUCGGUGUCAAUGCGCCGUCUCGACCUGAAGGCAUCACGGACUCGGUCAAAGCAGGUCGCUGCAGCCAUCCAUGACACGGGCGAGAAACGACAAGCAAAUCAUCGCUUUUCAUAUUAUUUAUUUUUGCUUGUCGUUAGUACCAAUAAGGGGAACAACGGUGAGCCAAACGAGUGGCAGCGCAAGCCAGAUUGCAUGUCGGUACAGCACGCAUUUGUCGCCCACAUAUGGCUUCAGUAGACAUUCCCAUAUCUGGUAGCUUUGCGCGACGCCACCAUCCCAGGCGAAGAAGCUGCCAACCAGCGAGGAUAUCUGGUCGCCCCAGAGUGACUCGUCAAACACGAGAAAGGUCAAACCACACACCUGCACACAAAAUGACAGCGAACAGGUCAUGGAGACAACGUGAGUGUCUCUGUCUGCAGUUCCGUACAGCGGUGAUGUGCGAGAGGCCGAUUUUGAUCAGCUGCGAGGGCACCUCAGCGCGGACAGACGACGCAGCCCUGAACACAGACACACACACAGAAAGCUCGGAUGUCGAUUGGUGUGAGAAAAUGACCUUCCGGCGAGUGCGGUGAGUAUGAAGAUGGCUAUCAAAGCGGCGAAGACGAGCAGUACAUUGACAAUCACGAUCAGCCAAAGCGGCGCACAUCGGGUGCACAGCUGCCGGAGCGUUUGGCGCGAGAAACCUUCUUUGCACCGGUUGCAUGUUAAACCUUCAUGUCCAGCCUGACAUAGGCAUGGCAGGCGGACAUCAGAAGGGGAAUGACAGACCUAUGAAAUGGCUCCUACCGAGCAUAUGUUGAGUCCAUUGCUCUUGUCGGUGCCUUUGCACGACGACGGCAGUGGGCACGGAAAGACCACCGGUAGCACAGUCAACCCAGCGCCAUAUCUGAGAGGGACCAUAUCCAUCAUCUGCCUGCUCAAUGCCUGCCUUCCAUUCUCACGUCGUCACAUGUCGAGGAGCGUUAUCGGAUGAGCCAGUCGACUGCAGCUGGACAGUGAGCUGGAAGAAGCCCAGCAGCACACUCGCAUUGUAGUUGAUAGGGACGGAGCAGUCCAAGCCCGGCAAACAGUCCUGGCAAAUCCACGUGUCGCGACUGCCGUCACUGCCACCCGUACGCACUCCAACUGACCCUGCUGUGCACGGCUCGCAUGGCUCGUUGCCCUGCUUCUCAUAGCCAAGACGACAGUAACACGCAGCUGAGCCCUCGUCAGAACCUGCAAAACAAAACAGGCGUUCGUGCGCAUCAUCAUGUGUUUGUUACAUCUCUGACCUGCAUCGUCGGGGCAUUGUUUGCACAUUUGUGUGCCAACUUCUCUGUUGCUAAAUGAGCCUGCCGGGCACUUAGUGCAGUUGAGGCCGUGGCCCGCAUAGCCAGGUAGGCAGCGACACAAUACCUCUUCGUUGACCGUGUUAUCUACCUGACCCAUACAGGCAGGCAGACAGAGAGACGGCAAGUGUAGGUCAACCAUCUCCACCCCUCCUUUUUUGUUUCACCUUCAAAAUCUGCGAGUCGUGGCAGAGCCGCGUGCACUCGACGCCGUCCGUCCCGUUCAGGGGCCCGUACCCUGAAGGAAAGAAGAAGGGACAAGAGGACCGUUCCUGCGUGUCACAUGCAGAGGCCCUUGGUCUUUCGUCGGUCACAUGCUCACACACUGACCGUAUAAGUCGGCGUAGAGGUCCUCAGUGCUGCCACCCGAGCACGGUCGACCCUCGUGGGGUCUGAUCUGCACAGGAAGAUACAUCCUUGGCUGCACACGGACUGUCUGGAUGCCGCUCGCUAUCCGACUUUGCCUCACGUCCUUGAUUCUGAGGUCUGGGUUUUUCUGCAGGUUGGCGCGCCCCAACAGCUUCCAGUUGUGUCGAGUAUACCACAGGUAUUCCGGGGGCUCGGUGUGCCUGAUCAUCCUGCGAAGGCGGUUGCCGGCGAUAUGCAAUCGCUGCAGAUUGUUGGGGAGAGAGUACCUGACGAAAAGCAGGACACACAGACAUGCACAAGUCGACGUAUGUCUGAUCACUGGUUGGUACAUGCAUAUACCAUCCAUCGCGAAUCUCUUCAAUCUCAUUGUAGUUGACACCAAACCAUGCGAGUUUCUCGAAUCCCUUCUGCGCCCUCAGGUUAAUGUCGGGGUACAGGUCAGCAACUGUCACCGAAUAGUCCAGCUUCUCUACGUCGACCACCGACCCAUCGUCCACAAAGUCGUCCACCUCCACAGGCUCAUCACUCGCCUUCGGAUCCACCAUGCUCAUGCUCGUGGCGUUCUCCUGCAGCCGGUAAGCCGCCAUGAACGACCUCUUGUACCGCUGAAAUGCGGGUCUGUCGAGGAGUCCUGCGCUCAAGACAUGUUCAAGGUCAAUGACGGUCACCCCCGACGGCGUGAGGGCGCCGUGUAGGCCGUUUUGUAGGCUGUAGAGGGCCACAAGGCUGCUCUGAAACGACCAUGGCAUGAGGAACUCGUCAAUGGUGGUGUUCAAGCCGUUCCUGCUGAUGGUCAGUGUCUCGAUGCUCGGCCAGUAGGGGGGCGGGUUCGCGAGGAUCUCAGCGACGAUGUGGGCGCUCGGGCCUGUCCGAACCACAUGACACCAGAGAGCGAUGGAUUGUGGCUGCCUUGCGAGCGAUUGAUCGUCCUUCCACCUUCCUUUCUUGCUUACUUACUUGUAAUGGUGCGUAGACCGAGGGAGUGCCUUCCCCACGUCAGCUGAUCACCGAUGCGGUUAUCCGACAAAAAUAGAGUCUUGACUGCACAUACACACAAAGACAGACAGCAGGCAGGAGGCCAGAGAACAGUCAAGUGCACACACAAAACCCAGUAUGUGCUGAGGUGAGUGACCGACGUACUCGUUUCCAGCCGUCUCCAGUUUGGCGGUAUGCGACUCAAACUGUUCUUGGACACAUGCAGCCACUCCAACCUGCAAGCAUGCACCACCACAGACACAUCGCAAAGAACUCUCGUGGAGUAGAAGUGUCGACUGAUCUCUCUCCCAUACUUGGGUGGCAUCCGCCAGUCGCCUUCGAAGUCCUCGAAUCCGUUGUUAUCGAGCCGCAUGCUCCUCAGCCCACGCAUUCUUGACAGCCACGCAGGGAUCACGCCAGAUAGGCGGUUUCGUGAGAGGUCCAAAUCCCACAGACGCUGAAGGCCUUCGAGUGUGGCAGGCAGCUUGUUCACUCUGAGAAGGCACCAACACGGCACACAAGUGCAGUGGGGGUCGUGCAAUCUCUCUAUGUCUUUGCUGACCUUGUGAUGGAGAUGGAGAGGAUUCGGAGGUCUGUGAGGUUGUUGAUCGAGUCGGGAAUCGCACCCCGAAUACCCUGCAUCGGACACGCACCAGCGAUGGACACACAAUAGAUACAGGAUACACUCAGCCGACAAAUGCGUGUAUGUGCCUGCCUAAAGCGCCUGGCUGACCCUGCUCUUGAUGAUUCUGAAGUCUCGCAGAGAUGUGACGUUGCCGUAGACGGCUGGAAUGGUGCCCGUGACAUUCUCACAGUUCUCUAGCCGAAAUGUAUGGAGGUUAUGCAUGUCCUCGAGAGCCGGCAGCCCGCCAAUAAUGGCCGUAUUCCUCAUGUGGAACAGCUCCAGGGACUCACAUCCAUCGAAAGCACCCUCAAGCGAUCCCGUGAUGCUCUCACCCAGCAGCCUCGCUAUCCUCAAAGUGGUGCAUUGAUGGGGAGGGGCGGGCGCAGACGAGUUGGCCUCUUGGCCGUGAAAGAGUGAGUGCAUAUCGAAGCCCAGUGGGUUGCGGAUGAGGGAGAGGGCCUCGAGUGAUCUGUCGAACAUCGUGUGGAAGGAUGGUGGUAGGGUGCCCUCUAAGUGGGUGUCGUCUACAUAGAGGCCGCGUAGGUCCGGCAAAGAGACGAUGGCGUCGGGCAGUGGGCCACUCAGUUGACUCUGCAACAUAACAGCCAGCUGUCAACAGUUACAGGCCACACAAAGACGGCAGGGAACACACACAACUUCAGGUCGUGUGUGCCCUGCCCCUGUCCUCUCCUCUGACCCGGUCGACGUACAGCAGUCUUAACUGCAACAUCUCGCCGAUCCUCUCGGACAGACUGCCGUUGAACGGCGCAUUCAUCAAGACCACGCCCAGCAGCCCCCUGAGAUCGUAAAAAGAUGUAGGGAACCGAACGCCCCCAUCCGGAAAGAUCAGCUGAGCUUCAUGGUCGGGGUCCAGAACCAUGAUGUAGCCGUCCACCAUCCCAUCGCCCCCUCCGGCCCAUGACUCGACCUCAUCGGUCGUUGGCAACGCCGCACGAGCCGUCCGGAAACGGACACAGACGAUGAAGGGCAGAUCGCACACGCGGAAGAAGGACCCCAUUUUGACGCCUCUCAUCUCCACAUCCAGUGACCGAAUGAAUUGCCUCAGCGGCCCCCUGGCGUCCUCCUCACACACAGUGCAGUCCUCAUGAAUCACCGGCUCUGUCAUGGCGGUUUCAUUGGCACCAUGAGAUCCCACAAGGGCACGCAUAGAUGUGCCGGGCAUGACGCGGUCCUCACCGAAUGGCAGAUACUUCUGAAGCAGCCGCAGUUUCAGCACAUAGGCAGAAGCGCCCUUGUCAACCGUAGGUGGGGGAUUGCGGUAUUUGGCUGACGGCUUGAACCAGUCGCUGUAAGCGUGCAGCAUGGUUGAGUUGGCCAAUACGUCAUCAGCCACAUCUCUCGUCAACCCGUCGGUAGCUCCAGUGGUCUGCAGCUGACGCGAUGCUGCCGACCGGCGAUGGGGCGCCAAGGCUGAUGAGUGGAAGUCGUCCAUGCCCUCAUCUGUGUCACUCGCAUUGUUGUGACAAGGCGAAAGAGAAGCACGAGGAGCAGAUGAGGAUGAAUCCCUUCGCCCAAGCAACCGCCCGACGAUAAAAAAGGCAGCUGCCAUCUCCGCAGAGCAGCGGCAAGGUCCACAUUGGCCCUGUUCUUGAGCCCUUGCAAACACCACCAAUAAGACGAUCAGGACGAUGAAUGCCGGUGCGUUCAUGAGAUCUGCAAGCAAACAUUCCUCGGCCUUGGACUUAUCUCCGGGAACAGGUCAGGAGCUGAUGGGCAGGAGAUCUUGG